AUGUUGCAGCGAAUGCUGGCACAUAUUUGGCUGGUUCUGGCCCUCAGCCUCCUCGGUCCAGUGCUGGGGUUGACGCCUCUUUCAGACGAAAGUCUGCGAAACAUACCCAUUGCCGGGUCAGAUUUUGACAUCAAGACUGGCAGUAUACUGGCUCCGAUUCUGAUUCCUCGAGUUCCUGGCACACCAGGUUCGAGACAGGUUCAGCAGCAUUUUGUCGACUGGUUCGCAACGCAUUUGCCAAAGUGGUCAAUCACUUACCAAAACUCGACCGGAAAGACACCUGCUACAGGCGACAAGCAGGUGCCGUUUGUGAAUAUCAUCAUUACACGCGAUCCACCAUGGGCGAAACCUGGGGAUGUGGGGAGGUUAGCAUUGGUUGCCCAUUAUGACAGCAAACUCGACCCUCCCGGAUUCAUUGGCGCCAUUGAUAGUGCUGCGCCAUGUGCGAUGAUUAUGCAUGCUGCGAGAAGUGUCGACGAGGCCUUGACGAAGAAGUGGGCAGCGAUGGAGGCAGAGGGAAGUCAUGGACUGGAGGAAGAGAAGGGACUACAGAUUUUGCUUUUGGAUGGAGAAGAAGCAUUUGUGAGCUGGUCGGAUACAGACUCACUUUAUGGUGCAAGAUCGCUGGCCGACGCCUGGGAGUACGAGUUCCACCCCGCCUUGUCUACAUAUCAAAAUCCGUUAGACUCGAUCAGUCUUUUUGUGCUGCUCGAUUUGCUGGGAUCUGCAAGACCUAAAGUCCCUUCAUAUUUCAAGACGACGCACUGGGCGUAUCAGCAUAUGGCGUUGAUUGAGAGUCGCAUGCGAACGAUGGGGCUGCUUGCAUCAGCGUCUGAUGCAGAUCAUCCUUUCUUACCAGAAUACGACAAGGGACCAAAUGCAUUUCAUAGCACAUUUGGCAUACAGGAUGACCAUCUGCCAUUUAUGGCUCGUGGAGUUGAAAUUUUACACAUUAUACCCUCGCCAUUCCCUCAGGUUUGGCAUACCUCGAAUGAUGACGGAGAACAUUUGGAUAUGGCAACGGUCGAAGAUUGGGCCAGAAUUCUGACGGCUUUUGUAAGUGAAUGGAUGGAACUCGAUGAACAUUUGGAUCAGACAAUUGGGCCUGGGAAAGCUAAGAGGUCUGUUCCAACGUCGAAAUCAGAGUUGUGA